AUGCUACGACUCCCCAAACGAGUGGCACGGGUCCAAUUGAGACCCCAGAGCCUUCGGUACUAUUCCAACGAGGCGGCCGACUUUGCCAACCGAAAACAACGCAUUGCCGACGACAUUAACGAGCACAAAAAGACAUGGUAUCCGCUACUGCAACAGGUGCAGGAGGAGAAGGACCAUGUGGUGAGAUUGAAGGACUUCAAAGAGAAAUUCCAUCACGUGACGCUUGAAAACCCCCAUCCGUCUCACGUGACUGUCAGAGGCCGCGUUACCAAGCUGCGUCGGGCCUCCAAGGGUCUGGUGUUUAUGGAUCUGGUGCAGGACGGAAUCAAGGUCCAAACGGUCGUUAAGAUGCACGCCAUGGACCCCGAGCUAAGUAAACAGGAGUUUCAGGAGAAAAUUGAGACUUUUCGGCCCGGCGACGUGGUUUCUGUGACUGGAAAGCCCGGUAGAACUCCUGCUGGUGAGCUUAGUUUGAUUGCUGUGCGUCCUGCGGAGCUUCUCACUCCGUGUCUUCAUCCAUUGCCCAGCAACCAGUCGGGGGAUGUGCACAAGCGCCUUGCUAAUCGUGUUGUUGACUUUUCAACUUCUCCCGAGUCUCGAGAAAUGAUUUAUGCCAGAGCUACCGUGAUUGCCUAUGUCAGAAGAUUCUUUUCCGAUAGAGGGUUUCUCGAGGUUGAAACGCCCAUCCUGAGUGAUGUAGCUGGAGGUGCUUCUGCCAGACCGUUCACCACGGAAUCCAAUCACUUGACGAGGACAAAGAAGAAGUCAAAGUCCGAUUGCAAAGAAAUAACAACUCAGAUCGCUCUGAGAGUGGCUCCGGAGCUGUGGCUCAAACGUCUGGUCAUUUCUGGGUUUGAUAAAGUGUUUGAGGUGGGUCCGUCAUUCCGAAACGAGUCCAUUGACUCCACGCACAACCCUGAAUUCACUACCUGUGAGUUCUACUGGGGCUAUGCAGAGUUGAAAGAUCUGACAGACACAUUGGAGGAAUUCUUUAUUGGUCUUCUAACAACCGUUAUUACUAAACAUCCCAGUUAUUCUGAAAGACUAACUCCCUGGUUGGAAGAGUUUAAGAAGGGUAUCAAGCAUGUGGACUUUCUGAAAACUAUUGCGGACAAAUCUGGUCACGAGCUGCCACGUGAUCUCACAGACGUUGAUGGUUUGGUCAGCAUGUAUAAAUCACUGGGUCUCAAGUUACCGUCUGUGUUGUCCCCCGCCAAACUGUGGGACGAGCUGGCAGCUGAGUAUGUUGAAAAGUCCGGCCGGGUGCUUUUGAUUACGAACCAGCCCGAGCUCAUGUCUCCGCUGGCCAAGUCAUGGACACGUGAUGGAUACGCUCUGUCCAAGCGGUUCGAGUUGUUUAUUGGCGGCAUGGAGUAUGCCAAUGGCUACGAGGAGGAGAACUCGCCGUUUGCGCAGAUGGAUAAGUUUGUGAGCCAGCAACAGUCACGUGACGAACAUGCUGACGACGAGGCGCAUGUUCAAGAUUCUGGAUACGUGACUGAUAUGGAGUGGGGUCUUCCUCCGACUGCUGGGUGUGGAAUUGGUAUUGACCGACUGGUCAUGUUUAUCACUGGUGCUAAGAGUAUUCAACAGGUGAUUCCGUUUGCGGGGUUGAAGAUGGCAAGGUAG